ACGGCCCGUGGACGAGUUCAGUUCGUUCCACCGUCGAGCGCCGCGUGCGGUUUUCCGCGUACCGUCGUCGCCGUCCGUUUUCGCGUGUUUCGCACGUUGUGGUUUAUUUUUUUUUUUUUUUGAUUUUUUUGUCGCCCCUCGGCACACUCAUCGCAGCGAUCGCUGGUACGUCCGUUAGUUGGCCACGUCAUCCAGUCGAUCGUUCUGGGGCCCCGUCAACGCGUUUGUAACGAUUGAUCACGGUCGCACACAACGGUUACAACCGUUUACGGUCCGAUCAUCGUAACGGGACAUAUCAGUGUACGAGCGAGAGAAGUACGCGCUACUGCGGAUGCGGCGGGGCGUCGUCACCGAUUUGCCGUCGUCGGGUGCGAUAACGUUUUCGUAGGCGAUAACCAGAUCUGUCGGUUUUCGCGACGCGCCAGUCUUUCUUCGCCGACUCAUCAGCAGCUCCCCGGAAGCGUGACAAACACCGCCAGAUUGACAUAUACGGCUAACCUUUGGAAGUAUACGGAUAUCAGGAAUUUCAGUUCAUUCAUUUGGAGUCCAAACAAAGAAUCAUUGUUCAAUAACCAUCCAAGUGCAAUUAGCAUACAAAUCUGCUUAUUAUGUGAAAGUUUAGUCCUCGUUAGUGGACAAGAAAGACAGGUGUCAGGAGUAACUAAAGCGAUGUUUUAAUUGGAUUAUGGCCAGAUCCGUCCCGAUGGUCUUUUCCGGAUUUCGCUGUCGGAAUAAGUUACAAGCCUUAAACGUAGGCGGAAGAACGUUUUAAGUUAAAUAAAAUAACGUUAUUUUUUAUUGAUGUGACUGUGAAGUAGCGAUGGUGAUGAUGGUGAUGCCGAUGAUGAUGACCGUGAUAAUGAUGAUGAUUAUGAUGAUGACGAUGACGAUGACAGCGACCACCAGCGUGACCUAAGCGGCGGCCGCCGGUUAUGAGCGGGUCGGCGUACCCGGAUGUCACUUAAAUGGACGGCGUCAACGUCACGGCCGCGUACGACCGCAACGAAACGGUGCAGGUGCCGUGGCCGCCGAGGAACGCGACCGCAGCCGCUGCCGUCGCGCCGUCCACGUACACGGCACUGGAAGCGUUCACCAUCGGCUCAGUGCUGUUUCUGGUCAUCGUAGUGACCAUCGUCGGUAACGUGCUGGUGUGCAUCGCCGUGUGCCUGGUCCGCAAGCUCCGGCGCCCGUGCAACUACCUGCUCGUGUCGCUGGCCGUGUCCGACCUGUGCGUGGCCAUACUCGUCAUGCCCAUGGCGCUGCUCUACCUGGUGUUGGGCCGAUGGCCGUUCGGCACGUUCAUGUGCGACCUCUGGGUGUCGUUCGACGUACUCUCAUGCACCGCGUCCAUACUGAACCUGUGCAUGAUCAGUGUGGACCGGUACUACGCGAUCACCAAGCCGCUGGAGUACGGCGUUAAGCGGACGCCGCGGCGCAUGCUGGUGUGCGUGUCGCUGGUGUGGCUGGGCGCGGCGUGCAUCAGCCUGCCACCCGUGCUGAUACUUGGCAACGAACACUCGACCGUAGACGGGGUGCCGCACUGCACCGUGUGCCAGAACUUCGGGUACCAGAUCUACGCGACGCUCGGCUCGUUCUACAUACCACUCACGGUCAUGAUCACCGUAUACUACAAGAUCUUCCGGGCAGCGCGCAAAAUAGUGCUGGAGGAGCGCCGGGCGCAGAGCCACCUGGAGAACAGCCACUGUUAUCUGGAGAUCAGCGUGAAGAACGGCGUGGGCCCGGUCGAGUCCAAGAUCGCUACCUCGGCGCCGCCGGAACGCGGGCAACCAGGGCACCGGGCAAGCAGCAGCGCCAGCACCGUAACCACGUGCAGCGGCACGGCGGUGAGCGGAGCACGUGCAAGCGACGGGUGCCGGUGCUGCUCGAUGGUACGUCGGUCGGUGGGCGAGUACCAAUGUCCGAUGCUGAUGGUGGUUCCCAGCAAUGGCCACAACUCGGGCAAGUCGGUGGCCGCAGCCAAGAAGCCCGAGUCCGGUGGCAAGAAGCUGCGGUUCCAGUUGGCCAAAGAGCGGAAGGCGUCCACCACGCUGGGCAUCAUCAUGAGUGCGUUCACCGUGUGUUGGUUACCGUUCUUCGUGCUGGCACUGGUCAGGCCGUUCCUUAGCGACCCGUCCAGCAUACCCAGCUCACUGAGCAGCCUGUUCCUAUGGCUGGGCUACGCCAACUCGCUACUGAAUCCCGUAAUCUACGCCACGCUGAACCGGGACUUCCGAAGGCCGUUCCAGCAAAUAUUGUACUUCAAGUGCGGCUCGCUGAACCACAUGAUGCGCGAGGAGUUCUACCACUCGCAGUACGGAGACCCGGAACCGCAGCACUCCACGCAUUACUGCGUGAUACCCGGGGAACCGAACUUCGUGCCUCACCACCACCCGUCGCCGACCCAGCCGGACGAUGCCGCACGGACAGUCGCCGCCGCCGAUGCCACAGCCGCCGACACUAACAGUCCCACCGCCCUGGCCUCGGAAUCGUUCCUGUAGUGGCGCGUCCGCCCCUCGGCGGUGCACCUCUCAUCGCGCUCGGUCCGCCGACGGAGAGAACGUAACAGCUGCGCCUACUCGCACGUCGGUGUGUCCGCGGUAUCCAGUCGACGUUUCCGUCUGCGGUCCUGCGCGGGACGUUUUCACGGGCAUUUCAAUCGGUUUAUUUUCCCCGCCUCGUCGACAUUCUGUCGAGACCUGUACGGAUAACAUGUCAGACGAUUCGGAACAUCAAAAACAAAACCUAAACAUAAUAUUUACGGUUUUUUUUUUUUUUUUUUUAUUAUAACUAGCGUGUAAGUUAUUUUUAACGCUUUUAAGUUCAGGGUUUCAUUUACGAUUGGUUAAGAUCGUCCCCCGGCAGUUGGCCUUUGACCAUAAUCCGUAGGAGAAUACUUCUUAACUCUUUUCUGUGUUCCGAUUUUCAUUAUCUAUACGGUUGCUACGUGAUCAAAGGUGUUUUAACAACGUUUAUAAUUAAACCGUGAAAAAUGUACAUCAUAUUAAUCGAUUUUGUGUAGUUUUUCUCUUUCGUAUUGAUCACUUUGGAAUCUUUAUUUAUCCGUAUGAAGCCUAACCGGGAACGGCGCUAGCAAAUAUUGUUGGGGGAGGGACGGUAUACAAAUUUGUUGAUUACUUUUUAAACAAAUUUCCACAAUACUUAUUUCACUUAAUGUGUUGAUGAUUGCCAACUACAGUAAAAAAUCGGUUAUAACGAGUUUCAAGGGCCAACUAGUUUUUCUCAUUAUAACCGGUAACUCGUUAUAUGCGGUUAGAAAGAACAUUCGUUGAAACCGAUUAAAAGCGGAAGUACAAAAUAAAACAGACUUUUUUUAUUUUCGAUAAAAAAAUUUUAUUUGAGAUUAAUUCAUACAUGC